UAUAAAAUAAAUAAAAUUCAAAUUAAUCUAUCAUUCCAAGUUAUCAGUUUUAUUUGAAAACACCGAUUUGUCAAAUCAAAAAUGAAUUUUUACAUUUUCUUUGUUAUGUAUCUAGUUAAUAGUUUUACAAACGGAUUGCUUUACCUUAAACCACUUACGGAGGAGAAUGGCACAUUGAAUCAAGAUGGAUAUUUAAAUAUGGCUGCUCUGUUUGACACGAAAAGAAAUCAUGAAAAAGGUAUGAGCUAUCAAAUAUUUUUCGAUCUUUUGAAACAAUAUCAGUAUGCGCACACAUUAAGUGAUGAUGAAAUCGAUAAACUUUUUACGGACGUUGUAUUUAACAAGGACGGAUAUAUGACGCAAGAUCAAUUUUUUAUUCAAAUGGGCAAAUGUCUUAAAGUAGUUGAGUUAAAUGUUAAGGAACUUUAUGAUUACUGUUUCAAUAAAAAAGAAGGGAUGACUCAAGAGCAAUUAAUCUUUGCUUUUAAAAUAUGUUCUAUUAAAAUGGAUUAUGUUGAAGCUACUCAAUUAAUGAGAGAUUUUACAAGAAGAAACGCACAAAAUAUUAACUUCGAAGAAUUCAGAUCAAUAUUUGCACAUAAGCUACAUAAAUUAGUCUAGUGACUAGACUUUAGGAAUUUACAUUAGAAUCCCAAACAGGAUUCCCUACAUAGUCUUCUUUUUGUCUACUCUAAAUUCCUGUGGUAUUCUAACUUUGAAGCAUUCACUCAUUUUAACUUAUCUCCAAUCAAAUUAUAAUUUGUCUCUUAAUAUAGAAAAUGUUACAAUAUAAUAAAUUUAAAAUAA